CGCCAGGCGGCGGCGGCAGCUGAGGGGCCCGGGCGGCCGUGGCUACAGUGGCGGGUCUGGGCUAAUGGCGGCGACAGCGGUGGCAGCCGGGAGCGGGGCCGCGGCGGGGACCGAGUCGGUCGAGGGGACCCCGGCCCCGGCGGCGGCGCUGGAGCUGUGGCUCAACAAAGCCACAGACCCAAGUGUGUCAGAACAGGAUUGGUCAGCUAUACAGAAUUUCUGUGAGCAGGUGAACACUGACCCCAACGGCCCCACACAUGCGCCCUGGCUGCUGGCCCACAAGAUCCAGUCUCCACAAGAGAGAGAAGCUCUUUAUUCCUUGACGGUGCUGGAGAUGUGUAUGAAUCACUGCGGAGAGAAGUUCCACAGUGAGGUGGCCAAGUUCCGCUUCCUGAACGAGCUUAUCAAAGUGUUGUCUCCAAAGUACUUAGGAUCCUGGGCCACAGAAAAAGUUAAAGGAAGAGUCAUUGAAAUACUCUUUAGUUGGACAGUCUGGUUUCCAGAAGACCUCAAGAUCCGAGAUGCUUAUCAGAUGCUGAAGAAACAAGGAAUCAUAAAACAGGACCCUAAACUACCAGUGGAUAAAAUCUUACCCCCACCUUCUCCGUGGCCCAAGAGCUCCAUCUUUGAUGCUGAUGAAGAAAAGUCAAAGCUUCUGACAAGGCUUCUGAAGAGUAGCCACCCUGAGGACCUUCAGGCUGCGAACCGGCUGAUCAAGAAUUUGGUCAAGGAGGAACAGGAGAAAUCAGAGAAGGUGUCCAAGAGGGUCAGUGCAGUGGAGGAAGUGCGAAGCCAUGUGAAGGUGCUGCAGGAGAUGCUGAGCAUGUAUCGUGGGCCAGGGCAGGCCCUGCCAGACCAGGAGGCGUUGCAGGUGGUGUAUGAAAGGUGUGAAAAGCUUCGGCCCACCCUGUUCCGGCUGGCGAGUGACACCACUGAUGACGAUGAUGCACUUGCGGAGAUUCUCCAGGCAAAUGACCUUCUCACCCAGGGAGUUCUGCUGUAUAAACAGGUGAUGGAAGGCCGCGUCACCUUUGGGAACACAGUGACCUGCUCAGUGGGAGACAUACCUGUUUCCAGAGUUGUUCAGAAUCCAGCAGACUGCAUGAAGAACUGCCUUCUGAUUGACUUGGAUGUGGAAAGUGGAUCUGAGCAGGCACCAUCUUUGCUUCAUCAGGACCUGGAAGCCUUAGGAAUCAGUGAUGCUCCUGGUGUGAACAAGGUUGACAGUCAGAAUUGCUGUAAGGAGAAGAGGAAUCCUACUGCCAGCACACUGCCAGGUGGUAGUGGUCAGAGCCCUUCGGCAGACAGGAACUUGUUGGAUCUCCUCUCCCCACAGCCAUCUCCGGGCCCUCUGAAUUAUAUUCCACAGAAAAGUAUCCCCAAGGAAGUGCCACCAGGUACUAAGUCUUCUCCAGGUUGGUCCUGGGAGGCUGGCCCAUUGGCUUCUUCCCCGUCUCCACAGAAUACCCCUCUGGCCCAAGUGUUUGUCCCUUUGGAGUCUGUUAAGCCCAGCAGCCUGCCUCCCAUUAUCGUGUAUGACCGGAAUGGAUUCAGAAUUCUGCUCCACUUCUCCCAGACUGGGGCCCCUGGCCACCCAGAGGUGCAGGUGUUACUGUUGACCAUGAUGAGCACCGCUACCCAGCCUGUCUGGGACAUCAUGUUUCAAGUGGCUGUGCCAAAAUCAAUGAGAGUGAAGCUGCAGCCGGCAUCCAGCUCCAGGCUUCCUGCAUUCAGUCCUUUGGUGCCUCCAGUUGUGAUAUCUCAGAUGCUGCUGCUUGACAAUCCACACAAAGAACCUAUCCGGUUACGGUAUAAGCUGACAUUCAACCAGGGUGGACAGCCAUUCAGCGAAGUAGGAGAAGUGAAAGACUUUCCAGACCUGGCUGUCUUGGGUGCGGCCUAACUUCACAAGAGGGACCCUUCAAUUCAAACUUAGGCUAAUGUUACUUUUGCUGUCUAGCCAGGACAAUUCACGGUGAUUUAGUGCAGAGCGCCAAGAAUUCUGGCAUGACAUCAGGCUCUGGAUGCCACCUCUGACUUAUUCUGCAGAUACUUUGUGUGUGAGUGGGUCUGCGUGUGUGUUGUCGUAGGGUGGGGUGGGGAUAGAGCAGGGCUUAGGAUGUGGGCAGUGUGGGAAAUGCUGAAGCAUUUCUGAUAAUCAUCUCUGCUACAGUCAUAUCUGUUUCUGCAUGUUGGUGGACAUCGAUGUCCCUACCUCAAGUUAGAGGUUUUAUAAGCCAAAGUGUUUUUUCCAUGUAUUUUUAUCUUUUCAUUCAUCCACUCUGUGCCUUGUCAGCCUUUGAAAGUCUUGGUUUCUCCCAGGCUGCUGUUCUCAGGGACCUUAAAAGGGACCUGGUUGGUCUUGGGGCAGAGAGUAUCUUCUGGGGCACUCUCUUCCAGGAAAGACCUCGUCUCCGUCUUCAUCCGAGAAUGCUGCUUGCGUGUGUUCAGGAAGAUCUUCUAAGUGGAAUGCUUUUUGCACUGUUUCCAGGUGAGGGGCUGCUGUGAGACCAGAGGACCACACUUGGUGGGCCACUCAUGUCCUUCACCACUGUGCCUUAGAAACCGCCCUUAGAUGGACCCUCUAGGAAAGAGGGGAAAGGAGAUACUGGGCCUUAUUCAGACCUCAGGUUCUGUGGGGUGGGCGGCAGCCAUCUGGGCCCUUACUCAGGACCCUCAACUCCAUCCUCAUCCUCUUUCUCCAUAAGCAUUUGCUCAGAGCUCUUUGAUUGUGACACCAUGUAAGUAAUUAUAAAUCACAGCUAGCAGGCCAGCCUAUGGCUGUUGACUUCACAAUCCAAGAUGGGGAAUCUGUGAUACAGAUAGAUGUGAAAAGAGCUUAGCAAUGAUUUAAGUGGUGACUAAGUAUAGAAAGUUGUUGAAUAAAUGCCAUGUAGCAAAUA